AUGUCUACUGCUCGUGCUAUCCGUCAAGUCUUCCUUGCCGUUGAGCAGGCCGAGGGUGCAGGUGCCCGCGUCCGCCGCUCAAUCGGCACCGCCAAGCUGCGCAACUUCAGCCCUUUCCUAAUGCUCGACCACUUCACCAUUGGCAAAGGCGCUGGUUUCCCUGACCACCCCCACCGUGGCCAGGAGACCAUCACCUACCUGCUCUCUGGCGGGGUGGAUCAUGAAGAUUUCGCAGGCAACAAGGGCACCAUUGGCCCUGGUGACUUGCAAUUCAUGACUGCUGGUCGUGGUAUCAUGCACGCCGAGAUGCCCCACGAGAACGAAGACGGCAGCCCCAACGUUGGCAUGCAGCUCUGGGUGGAUCUGCCCCAGAAGUUGAAGAUGUGCGAGCCGCGCUACCGUGACUUGCGUGCUACUGAAAUUCCUAUCGCCAAGACUGAUGAGGGCCGUGUGACCGUUAAAGUCAUUUCCGGCCAGUCGCACGGUGUCGAUUCUGUCCGUGACUUGGCCUAUACCCCCGUCUGGAUUUUGGAUGUCACUAUCCAGCCUGGUGGCCGUCUUUCUCAGGCAUUGCCGCAGGGUUGGAAUGCUUUCGCCUACACCCUCGCUGGUGACACUAUUUUUGGCUCGAACGAUUCCACUCGCAUUGUCAAAGAGUUCCACAAUGUUGUCUUCGAGCAAAAUGGUGACUUCGUUGAGGCAUCAGUUCCCGACAAUGCGCAAUCUGAGACUCGUUUCAUGAUCAUUGCCGGUCAGCCUCUGGACCAAAAGGUCGUCCAGUACGGCCCAUUCGUGCUAAACAGCCAAGAAGAGGUCUACCAGGCCAUGCUUGACUACCAAACCGCGUCCAACGGGUUCGAGAGAACUCGUGGAUGGGAGAGUGAAAUUGGCAAACGCAUGGGUAACUAG